AUUUUACUUGUGGUCACACUCCAACAAGUAAAAAGUUUUGAGAAGACACUUCUUAAAGAAAGUGAAUCCGUCUUUUGCUUGUGGCUACAGCAACAAUUGCAACAAAAUGGGUAAAAGUGCAUUGGUUAUCUUGGCCCCCGGCGCUGAGGAAAUGGAGUUUACAAUUGCCACUGACGUUCUGCGUCGUGCGGGCAUCGCUGUGACAGUUGCCGGUCUUAAUGGCAGUGAGCCCGUCAAGGGCUCUCGAGACAUAAUCAUCGUACCCGACAAGUCGCUGGAUCAAGCAGUGGAUCAACCCUACGAUGUGGUUGUGCUGCCAGGUGGUUUAGGUGGCUCCAAUGCCAUGGGCGAGUCGAAGGCUGUUGGCGAACUGUUGCGCACUCAGGAAUCAGCUGGACGUCUGAUUGCCGCGAUAUGUGCUGCUCCCACGGCGCUUGCCAAGCAUGGCAUUGCCACCGGCAAAUCUCUGACUUCAUACCCGGCAAUGAAGGAUCAACUUGCAGAUAAAUACAGUUAUGUGGACGAUAAGAACGUUGUUCAGGAUGGCAAUUUGAUUACCAGCCGUGGGCCAGGCACAUCCUUUGAGUUCGCCCUGAAGAUCUCCGAGCAGUUGGCGGGUGCUGAAAAGGCCCAGGAGGUUGCCAAGGGCAUGCUGCUGACCUUCAAAUAAAAUAUAUUCUCAUUUUGAAUUAAAAAUAUGCAAGGCAUUAAGUAAUAAAAGUGUGUUUAACAUUUUGGAGAAUUAAACUAUAAGGAUCUCCUAUAGUACUCAAGGAAGAAAGUUGUCAGAUAGCCCCUUAAAAUAUUAGUAAAU